GAGCACAGGAAACACAAACCGGACUCUGAGAGACGCCACUAAACGUUAAAAGUUCUUGGAGAAAAUGCAGUAGAUGCGUCUAGCCUGCCGCAAAUUUUAUAAAAAGAAGAAAAUGCAGUUUUGACUGAGCUGCUCUUCCGCCGCUUUCAUCAGAUUAACACUCGCGCUGGUUUCGGUUCGUAGUUUCUGGAGUUUAUCAGAUCAUCAUGAUCGUGUCUGUGCUGCUUCUGAGUCUCCUGACCACAGGGAUUCUGUCUAUCCAGGUCACCCUCUCUGAGACAGAGAAGCGCACGACUCUCUUCGCAUCGGUCACCUUGCGCUGUGAUUUCUCCACCUCUGCUCAGCUGCAGAAUGUGGUGGUCACUUGGAGAUACAAAUCCUUCUGCAAAGAUCCUGUUCUGGACUACUACUCCACAGCGUACCAGUCGGCCCUUCAGUUGGGUCGAGACCCUGCCAAUGACUGCGUGGACUCGCAACGCACCAUCCGAACCGUGGCUCAGAAACUGGGAUCCAAUGAGGCAGUGCUGGGCAACGAGUACAGAGAUCGCAAAAUCUACAUUCAGAACAAGGCUGAUCUGGUCAUUCAGGAUGUGAUGUGGUGGGAUAACGGCAUGUAUUUCUGCGCUGUGGAAGCACCUGGAGACACAGGCGGAGAUUCAGACCAAGAGAUGAAGCUCAUCGUGUACCAUUGGCUGACGGUUCUCCUCAUCAUCCUCGGCGCGCUGAUGCUCAUCCUCCUCUUGUGUAUCUGCUGCUGUCAGUGCUGUCCGCAGAAGUGCUGCUGUUACGUGCGCUGCCCCUGCUGCCCAGAGACCUGCUGCUGCCCCGCAAAACUGGUGAUGCAGCACAGGCUGAUGAAGGAGGCGCAGAAGGCCAUGACUCCGUGGAUGAACGGACAGACGAUGUACGCACCGAUGAGCAACCACAGCUCCUCGUAUCAGAUGAACCCCAUGCUGUACGCAGGAUCAGCAUCAGGCAAAGGUGGGAUGACGCCUGUGCCGCUGCCGCCUCCACACAUGACAGCGAUGCCUCCUCCCAGCGUUCACGGUAACGGCGGCCCUUACGGGACGAAUCCGGUGCUGGAGUAUCUGGAGAACCAGAUGCGGGGCAUGGACGUCUCCAGCCCAAUGCUCCAGCCGCAGCCCUCCAUCCCACUGCAGCAUCUCCCUCCUGCUCCCCAACACAUGCCCCAGCGUGUGCCCUUCUCCGGCGGGCCCCCCAGCAUGCUCUCCGCUCUAGACGACGGCCCCGUCUCCCGCAGGGCCCCGCCCGGCUCUCGAGGAGCCCGCUCCAGCGGCUCGUCCCGCCACUAUCCUCGGCCGGCCGUCCAGCGCAGCUACAGUCAGGAGGACAUGCUGGACACUCGGAGCCGGCCCGGAAUGUACCAUCCCCGCUCUCACUCCAGAGACGACCUGCUGGCCGGUGAGCGCCGGGGCCCGAGACGAGACGAUUACUCCCCUCUGCCCCGCGGCGGCUCCUGGAGCUCAGCCAACGACGAGGACAGCAGACGCGGAGGCGCUCGAGGCCGUUAUCCUCCCAGCUACAGCGAGUACGAGCCGGGGAAGAAGCCUGCGAGGCGGCCUGAGCACUUCUCUGAUAAGAGUUCUCGCAGCGGCACCAGUAUAGUCAUCUGAUCCGGAGCGCUGUAGACACACUUCACUGAGGUUUCUGUGUUCAUGUGCACAGAACAAAGCACAUUUAUUUUACUGAACAUGUAUGAAGGAUGUUACAUUAAACAUUGAUCAUUGAUUGCUUUUUUAUAUUUUGUGCAGAGCAGUUUGUGUUAAUGUGAAUAUGAAUAUCAUCUUCUAGUAAUGACAUUAGAGGAAGUUGUUUUUUAAUGAUAUAGUUUUUUUUUAGGUUGCUUGGGUUUUAGGAUUUAUCUGUGUAAAUAUAACUUCUUUUUGUGUCUGUAUAUUUAUUACUAUAUUGGGUUUUUAGUAAUGUAGGCAAGGCACAGGGAUAUGAAGCAAUAUCACAGAAGAAAUGUGUAUGACUCUUGUUUGCAUUAAAUGCCAUGACCCCUGAAAUGGUAAUUAUCAGAUCUGUAAUAAGUUAUUUGUUUUUGACUUGUGCUUGUUACUCGUUAUGAAUGAACUGGCUGUGAACAUCAGUGCUUUCAGUCUUUGCUACAUAGACUCGAAGAAUAACUUCUGCAGACGUCCACAGUGUGUACUCAGGUCAAGCUGUUGUUUAGUCUUUCUGUAAAUAGUGUCUUUUACAGAACUGCUUACUGCAUCUAAGAUAAAAAUCAAUCAUUCUUCAGCCUCACGUUUAUAUAAACUUUGUGAAUCACUGUUUCUGCAUGUGAACAGCCUCUGUACUGAUGGCAGGGCUGGUUUCUGUUGUUUAAAUGUAAAGAACCGCCUGUUUAUGAAUGUUUAUGCAUCUCAUGUGUGUCUCGUGCAGACAGUUUUCCAUCUGCAUAAAUAAAUCUUGAGGUCUGUA